AUGGAUAAGCAUAAUAGAUUAGGUAGUAGAUAUGUUGAGUUGGUAGACAUAGAGAACCUCCACAAAGCACUGAAGGAUGAAGCCGUUUACAAAACUCCUGACCUUCAAUCCAAUAAGGUAAAGGCCUUAAGAACUCUUAAAAUAGUUUGCUGCAUUUCAACUUCUUUUAUGUGCAUUGAAUUUGUUGGAGGAUAUCUAUCAAACUCACUAGCCAUUAUGACUGACGCUGUACAUCUUUUAUCCGAUGUUGUCGGAUUUUUAGUAACUAUUUUGGCUAUUUAUAUUAGUAGAUUAAAAGCUAACUCAACUAUGACUUACGGUUAUCAUAGAGCAGAAAUUAUUGGUGCAAUGAUUUCUAUUUUGAUCAUUUGGGUUUUGAUUGCAUGGAUGUUUGUCGAAGGUAUUGAGAGAUUCUUCAAGCCACCUGAGAUUUAAGGAACUACUAUGCUUAUACUUGCAUGUUGUGGCCUGUUCUUCAACUUGGUCUUGAUGAAAAUUUUAGAAACAAAGUUAGAAACUGUUACUGAAGAAAGCUAGAAAGAAGAAUUACUUAGCGAGUUCUCUAUCAAGCAAGAUGUUGAAAAAGAAAACAUGAGUAUGAGAGCAGCUCAAAUUCACAUUUUGGGUGAUACUAUUUAAAGCGCUGGAGUUAUUAUAGGUGCUUUGUUUGUCUUUUUUGGUGGUGAAGAUUACUUCAUUGCAGAUCCUAUAAUCACAAUCGUCUUUACAAUUGUAGUUACAUUUACAACAUUGCCUGUAAUGAAGGACAGUAUUAAAGUGCUCAUGGAAGGUUAACCCGAUGACAUCAAAUACGAAACGGUUAAAGAAAAGCUAGAAAAGGUUUCAGGAGUAGUCAAUGUUCAUGAUUUGCAUGUUUGGAGCAUAAAUCCUGGUUUUGUCUCUCUUACUGCUCACAUAUGUUCUAAAACACCAUCGGUUACUCUCUUCGAAGCCACAAAGCUUUGUAAAAAAUUAGGAAUAGUCCAUUCCACAAUUUAAGUCGAAAACUUCUUUGAGUAAGACAAAUAUGACUAUAAGAAAUGCGAAGAAUUGCAUUGA